AUGGACAAUGAUCUCCAAGCAGAGGCCUGUAGAAUUGUUACACGCAUGGAGGAGGGACUCACGGUUGGAUCUCCUGACUUUGUUGCCAAUUGGCUGACCAAGUUGAUUACCACCUCUACAACAUGGCUCUAUGGAUUCAAGAAGCGCACCCGCCUCCUGUCCAACACAGAGCAGAAACUUCCAGCCGGGGCAGACCCCAGCAAACUCACAGAUGCUUUUCUGGGGCCACUGGGUCUGAGCAUUGCUCACGCUUCCAGGGCUAGCUUUCCCAUGAACGAGAAUGGCACGCUGGGUCUGCAAACAGACACCCAUGAUGAAGGGUUGUUCUCGCGCCCCAAAUCUAGAUCUGAUGCGUUUAUCUUUGAGAUGGACGACAUCCAGUAUCCUCAUAUGCUAGAAAAGGGGAAUUUGGAAAAGGGAACGGCAUCUGAGCUCCAACUAGCAGAUGCCUCUUCUCGCCAGUACCAAAAGUUGCCUGAAACUGCUCACGAAGCAGCAGGAAGUCUCCGUAGACCCGGUUGGCUUAAGUCAGGAGCCUUCGUACUAAACGAUUGCAAUUCACAUCGAUGGUUAGCUAUGGAGCUGAAGCGAUGGGCGGCAUCGACGAUGUCCUCAAACAACCCCACCCAUCAUGUCCCAUCAGACGAAGAAAUUCGUCAUCAGGCUCGUUUUCUGCUGUUUGACGAUGACGACCCUUGGAACCAAACUGCAGCCGAUAACAUGGAGUGGCUUGAAGACUUCAAACGCCAGGCUGGAAUACCACGAUGA